AUUCGUUUCUCGCAGAAGCUCUCCAUCUCCUUUACGUAUUUCUCUGAUUCUCGGCUCUGUUCAUUUCCUCAUAUCUUAUUUUUCUAGCAAGUUAAGAGAUUGAUUUGGAUCAAGAUCAUAUUUUUCUUUGGGAAAGUUUCAACACUUGGAUCAAGAUCAUAUCCUUCCUGGUGGUUAUGCAGUUCUUGGAUCCAUUACUGAUAGUAGUACACUAUGCAUCUACCUCAUUCACAGUGACACCACGGGGCUUCAGACAGUUAUCUUCAUUAACCUUCUUCCACACAUCAGAAUACAUUCUAGCCAUCGCCAUUCACGACGGUCAGUCAAACGUAACUCUAACCUCACUUGUGAUCAGCAAGCACUACGCUUUAGCCAUGCUCUUGGCCCUGCUGGAACACCUCACCGAGAUACCCGAACUGAAACAACACGUGUGGGUCAGCAGCUUUGGACUCGUAGUAAUGAUGAUCAUCAUCGGCGAAACCAUCAGGAAAACAGCUAUCAUAACAGCGGGGAGAUCGUUCACACACUUGAUAAAGACCAACCACGAGGAGCAUCACAGGCUCGGUGUGUAUAGACUGAUGAGGCAUCCGAUAAGCGGGUUUCUCUUCUGGUCGGUUGGGACACAGGUUAUGUAUGCUGUGUAAUAUCCUGUUUCAGCUGUUUUGUUCACGGUUGUGGUGUGGCGGUUUUUCCGAGAGAGGAUAGCGUAUGAGGAGUAGUUCUGGUAUUCCCUUUCUUUAAUCAUAUGUGAGUAGAAGACCCACACAGGCUUUUUUUAACACAAGCAAAGGAAGGAGUAUCCACACCUAGAGAGAUUCUGCUGUUAGUAAUGAGUUAAAUUGAUUCACACAGAUUGUAUAACAGAUUCAAUAACGGUUACAAAAGUUAAAUGUUUUUUUUUUAAAGACAAAAAAUUAGAACUUUAGAC